GGGCACGCGAUGGCCAGGUGACCCUCUUUUGCAGGGCAAUGGCGCCCGUACUUCAAGUGCAAGAUGUCCGAAGGAUCAAAGACAUCAAGAAUCCGCGUCUGCAAGCUCAAAGGGAUGCAGACGUUCUGCGCGCACGGCAGCCUAGCGAAGGCAGCCGCAUGCUGCUGCGCACGAAGCCGCGGGAUAAGAUGGACGAGGUCUUGGCACUUCAAGCCCGACAGACAAUGCACAAGUGGAAGAGGGACGGCUCAGGUUUCCGCCUGAACGGUGGCACAGGCAUGCUUGCCUCGGCGCAUGCAAGAGCCACAGAUGCCCACGCAGCGGCCGGGAGACGUCUCCUGGACGGAGACGACGGAUCACUCCAGUGCAACUUGAAGGGUAUCCUUGACAACUACCCAAACGCGCAGAAGAACUCGCAGGCUUUCGCACCACCCACACGAGCGAAGCCGGGCGCGGAAGUGGAGAUGGGCCCAAAAGCGAAGGAGGAUUCCAAGGAAGAUAUUGUGGAAGCUGUCUCCAAUCUGCUGAUGCAGCUACCAGCAGAGGCGCUGGUAGAGUCGAGCAGCGCCAUCAGCGCGUUGGCCCGGAAGCUGGCGGGUGAGAGCGGCUUUGACUCUGCCUUCAGCCAAAAGUUCUUGCUGAUGUCGCAGAUCCAGGUGGAGGUUCAGCGCCGGGUGAAGGAGGCCAGAACCUACAUCGAAGACUUUGACAAUCUACACAAGGAGGACCUGGAAGAGAAGGUGAACGGCAAUAAUCGACGGCGGCAAAGCUCUAUUGCAAACGCGGCUCGCCUCAUGGGCUCCAUGCCCAAGCACCCGUCCAGCCAGUCGGAGGUGGUGGCAGACCAGAUGCGCACCAUCCGUCGGCUGCUGCACUCCCUGAACUGGCCCAACCUGCACCAAGAGUUCCAGAAAUGGGUGCGCAAUGCCACAGGCUAUGAAUCAGGAGUCCGCGACUUCCUGCGAGCUGUGGAGGAGGACUGUGAAAAGGCCGACAUCGAUCAAGUGCGAGAUGAUGUUUGUACCUCCCUCACGAAUCACGAGCUACGGCUCACGAAGAGCUUGCGGAGCUACCAGCUGCAGAUGCAAACCGCUGCCCGGGACUUCACCAGUGGCGCGAAUGGCGAUUCAAGUCCGAGGAGUCCAGCGGAUGAGAAGAAGAGGAAGCUUGACAGAGCACUUGAAAGAAAGACAAAUGCCAAGCAAGCCGAAAUCCGCCGAAUCUCAAUGCGACGGCAAUUUUCAUCCAACUUUCCACCGCACUCGCGCAGCCAGCAGGGCUCACGGCGUUCCAGCCGCUUGAGUCUGGUGUCGGCCAUCUCUGCAGCACCCUCUGCGCAGGAGUCGUCUCAGUCGCAGAGAUCGUCGCGAGAGACGCAGGGGGAUGCUUCACCGCUCAGCAACAGUAUGGCAUCCUUCGGGGACGAGCUAGCGGAAGGUGGAGAGUUUGACAUCAACAACUACGAUGACGGCAGGUUUGGACAUCUGAAGCGGAUCUAUUUGAGUCAUGAGACCAAGAUUCAGGCGCUCCGGGAAGAUCUGGACCAGGAUAGCUUGCAGCUGGAGAAGGUGAUCGAGGAGCUGCGGGAGCAGGUGAAGCGCCUCAUCGAGCUGCAGGCACUCUAUGAGAUGAAGACCAAGAGCAGCCUGCGCAGGGGCUCACUGUUCAUCCCCAGGAGGCGUGCGUUGAUGCUGAACCAGGGCGAGGCGGACGCCAACAGCGUCACCGUGCUCGCGAAGCGCAUAGUGAACUUGCAGAAGGAGCGUGCCAGCCUGCUAGACAGCAUCAAGGAGCUUGGCAAGUCUAUGAUGCAGGACAAGCCUAGACGCGGCGCAAUCAUGAACAAGAUGUGGGAAGCUGUCAAGGCCAGCACAGCCGAGGGCAGCUUUGACGUGGCUCAUGGAGACGAGUAUAUGAGGAUGCUCGACGAGGGUGCAGACCGCAAGGAGAUUGAAGAGAAGAUGCGCCAGAACGGAGUGGAGGAUCCGAGCGAGCUGCUGGAGAAGCUUGAGGCCAACGAAGAGGAGGAAGAAGUGAAAGGUGGAAAGUUGAUGCAACGGAUCCAGCGGCUUGAAAGUGAGCUGGAGGAGAUCAAGGAGAAGCUCGCAGCCCUGGUGGCCCAGGUGAAUCAGAUGGCGGUGCCCAGGAGUUUGGGCAAGGUCGUGGCCUUUGAGAUGCAGCCCAAGAUGAGACUCUGCCUCCAUUCCAUUGCGGCCUGUCCAGAGAUCGACGUGAUGGUGAAGAAGGCCCUGGAAUUCCUGGACUUGCCCAAAAUGCAGAUAGCUCCCAGCAGGAAGCAGCUGCAAGACACCCUGGACAUUGCUCAAGAGACCUUUGACUCAGAGGUCGCAGAGCGCAAGUCUUCGCAGGAGACGGGCACCUUCAGCGCCAAAUGGGAACAAGAGGUUCAACAAUGCAUGGCCUUGCUGUCCGAACAACUCUUUCGCUCCCAUGCAGAGCUGUUGCAGGACCGACGGCCGCCGUUGAAGGAGAUCACGGCACCUGAGGACGGCCCUGGCGCCAGUCCAGCGGCGAGUCAGAGACCAGGGAGUCAAGCAGCUUCCAACAUCACUCAGGCCGAGCGCCGUUCUUCGUUCAGUACGCUGACAGACGUACAGGCGAAGCUUGAGACUGGUGGGAUCCGAGAACCGGAGGCACAGCUCGGCGUCACGCAGACAAAUUCCAUCGCAGGAGAGAGCGGCCACGCGGACGAGGUGAGAGCUCACAGCAGCCAAGAGGACUCCGCUCGCUCCGGCGAUGCAGAUGCAGGCAUGGCGACGGCUGGCGAGGCUCCGAACGCGGAGGCAAGGGCGGAGCAAGCAAGGUUGCAGGCCCAGGCUGCGCAAGCAGAGCAGAUCCUUCAGGUUCAAGCCGACGUGGAGAGUGCAGAUAAGGAGAUAGAACAGCUGAUGGAGGCUCUCCGCAAGGCCAAAGAGGCCAAAGAGGCCGAGGCGAAAGAGGUGGAGCCCAAAGAGCCCGAAGAGCUGCCCGAGUUGGAGCCGUCGCCGCAGAGUUCCAGCCACUUCCAGCGGAUCGUCAGCGGGUCCAGCGCUGGCACCUCCGACGCUCACUCGCCCCGGCGCCACUCUGGGCUUUUGGACGACAGCCAGGAUGCUGACCACACCAUGAUGUCCUACAUCAAGGCCGAGGGCCGCAAGAAGAAACGGAUGCUUCAAAUGCGGAACGUGAAGUUCAAGCUGUUGCAGAAGCUUUUGGAACAGGCUGGGCUGAUCAAGGACUUGCAUUUGCAGAAUGGCGAGCCGGAAACCGACGAAGAGCGCGGCAAGCGGCUCCAACAGGAUUUGAAGGCCGCCCACGAGCGGAACCGGCGCCUCAGCCAGCAGCUGGAUUUCUGGGGCACUCGCAUCGACCAACGCAAGGACCAGCUGGAUGAAGAGAAGAAGCACUUGAGGAAAGAAUUCGGGCGCAACUGGGAAUCAAAGCUGGAGCGUGCGUUGCUUGGCACGGAAGAGGACCCGGAAAGCGAGGCCACCAGCGAAACCAGCGAGUCUGAGGAAGAGAACAACACACACGGCGAGCGUGGCACGGCGGGCCAACAACCAGAGAGCAAGCAACCAGGAGAAGAGUCGGUGAGACUGGUGCCGGGCAAAAGGAACCAAGUGGUCGGCAAGACCUAUUCCAAGGAGCGUCCCCGCGUCCGGCGGCGAGCCCCAGACGAGCGCGAACAUCCCCGUGAGCCCCGCGAAGAGCUUCCGGGCACGCUCCAGCGGAAGCCCCUGGCAAGUUUCGGCGCUGCUCGAGGAGAAGACAUGGAGGAUGUGGUACUGCAGGGUCGGCGGCAGAGUUAUUCAAGCCGCAGGAGCAGCCAAACUUCAGAUGACUCCAACUCCCGUGUCUCAGAGGACCUGGACCCCCACGACCGAGGGAGCUUGGCGGAUCACAUCGUGAAGGUGAUGGGCAACGCCCCGAAGUCACAGUCCUACCUGGAGGGCUUGAAUCGCUUGCGGCCUUCAGCGCAGUACUAUACCUAUGGCAAGCGCCGUGAAGUGCCGGGCCAGAAGAAGCGAUCUAAGCGCCGUGUAUCCAUCCGCUCCUUUGUGGAGGACCUCUCAGAUGAUGGCACGGAUCGUGAGCGCCGACGCCCGAGCACAGCUUCUCUGCUUCCUGAGGGCUUUGACGCGCGAGGACGCACCCUCCGGGGUAACUCGCGGCUCAGCCGUGCCUCUGUCGAGUCUCGGAGUGCCUUCUCAGACGGUGACCAAGGCGAGCUCCAGCAACUCGUGCAAGAAGCAGCAGAGGAAGAGCACAAGGGAGUGAACGCGGCAGAAUGGCUACAAAAGGCCUUGGCUCUCAGGCAGGAGAGCCGGAAACGAUCCAAAGGCUCAACGCUGGCCGCGCCUGUGCACCUGGAGACGGUGCGACUCCUCCGCACAGCAGCCAAGAUGUCGAUGAAAAGACAGGUGGCUGCUGAUGACCUAUUGGGCGCAAAUUUGCUGCGAGCGCAGCACAUGAAUGUUACGUCUGCGGGGCAGAAGUCCAAGCAGAUCUUCCAGGCCGACGCGGCAUUCCGGGAGAUGGCGGAGAGGCGCAAAGUCGAGGCAGAAGCCUGGACGCAGCGCCUGGCAUCCGGCACGGCCAGGAGCAGAUAUGCAGCCACCAAGGCGAAACUGCUGGCGAUGGAGGGACUGGAGACGCGGCGCCCCCCCCUCCCCAAGAAGGAGGCUUUGCGGCGGUUGUUCCGUGCCAAGACGACUUCGCCGGCGCAAUCUGAAGGUUUUAUCAGAUCCCGCGGCCGCAGCCAAGCCAAAAGCAGAAGCAAGCAGGUCCUUGACAACUUUGAGAAUGCUCUUGGAAAGGCCAGGAACUCGGAUGCCCACCGGGAGAUCGCACGGAUGAAAGUGAUGUCGCUGCACCACAGCGCAAUGAGACGACGUUUUUUGCAGAACUACAGCAGCGAAGAAGAGGAAGAGGAUGAGGUUGUCCAUCGGAGAUCCAUCAUGAUGCUGGCCGAAGAUGAGAGCCCCAAUCGCCCCGGGCGCAAGGGCCUGAUAGGCGCCUCACCAGAGAGGGCAGUAUCGAAGCCAUUACAAGGACUCACCACAGCUCUGAAUGAGGGGGUCCAAGAUGAAAAAGUAGCUGAAGUUGCCGCAAAGUGGCUCGGAGAAAGACCUUAUGACGACAGAGAAUCGAUGAUCGUGGACGCAUCAGCCCAUGUGGAGCAGACCGAGGCGCCGGCCUUGGCCAGCUUUGGGGCCUUCCGCCCCUCGCGCCGGAUGAAGGCUCGAACCAUGGGCCCGAGAAGCCAAAGCCGCCGGCGGUCUGAGGAAGGAAGCUCAUCGGGGAGCGAGGACUCAUAUCCCUCGACCUCCAGGAGAACAGAUCGGUCGAACGCCUCUCCAGAUGGGGAUGAGAACGUUCACUUCCGGAACGUGGCCUACUUCAUUGACCUGAUGAAUGAGAAUGACUCGCACAAGCACCGCAAGCGCAAGUCCAGCAGAAGGCGGCGAAAGGCGUUGCGGCAGCAAAGAAUGCAGGCAUCUCGUGCUGACGUGCGAUGGCACUCGCACAUGCUGAAACUCUUGGAGCUGCGCCUGGGUACUUCAAGGCCUCAAGCUUCUGGUCACGUGUCAGAUGAAAGCCCCAGCGACUGUGAUUCAAGUAGGAGUCCGGCAAGGAGGCAUGGCCCUCCACCUUUGCCAAGGAAGUUGGCGGCCAGAGCAAGGACAGCUCCGAAUACGCAGGUAGAGGCCCCGCGCGCGGAGUCACCAAAGCCACCCGCUAAGACAGGAGGCACCGAAAACUCGUCCUUGAAGACAAUGGCGCGAGAUGAUGGCUUGCGGCAGAGUGUAGAACGCACUCAAGCGUGUCCUAAAAGUGUGCAGAUGAAGUUGGAGGAAGGUGGGUGGAGCCGGUUGAAGUCCCCAGCUUUGCCGCAAGCCCAGGAUGCGCACCGUCCCUUGCAGGGCACCCAGCCAUCUCCAUGGUGGGGUCGCAGACAUGAUACAAGGCAAGCCCGCUUUGCUGCCAGCACGGCGAGGGUGAACUUCAAUGACACCGACGCAGACGCCAAAGAAAGGGAUCGCCAACUACGUGCGCAAAAGUGGGUGCAAGUUGGAGCACAGAUGGGAACGAACCUGAGAUGGCGACAAGCCUGCUCGAGAUAAGUC